AUGGCUCCCACAGAUAUGGGUCCGCUGCAGCAGCAGCAACAGCAACAGCAACAGCGUCCGCGGCAGCAGCAGCAACAGCAGCAGCAGCAGCAGCAGCAGCUUCCCGUCUCGGGCCACCACUUGGGGCUUAUAGUUCCCCUGCCCUCUGUACACAGCUGCUUUGUCCGGCUGAGGGGCCCCCCUUCUGCUGCAGUUCUUUGGAGGCCGCAACGGCACUUCUGUCGCGUGCUGCAGCUGCAGAAGCUCUCAACCCCAGAAACAGGAGACUUCUAUGAGCACACAGGGGGCCCCCCAAAGAGUCUUGCAGAGGUAGCAGCUAGUAUGGGGGCCCCCCAGCUGUAUGUGGGCUGGCUGGGUACAGGGUUGGGCCCUUCAGAGGCUGCUUUCUUGCGAGAAGCGACAGCAGCAGCAACAGCAGCAGCAACAGCAGCAGGAGCAGCAGCAGUAGCAGCAGGAGUGGAACAUUUGCCUGAUGUGGUGUAUAUCGGGAUGGCUGCUCCUCUCUGUUCCUCCCUUGGCCUCAAGAAGGGGGAGCGAGUAGUGGUUGCUGCGGUAGACGUGCACCAGCUGGAGCAGCAGCAGCAACAACGGCAGCAGCAGCAGCAGCAGCAGCAGCAGCAAAGUUUCUUUCCGUCUUCAGUGGAGGUGGCACCUCUAGACCGAGAAGACUGGGAUGCGGUGCAGCUGCAUGCGGAAGCACUGGAGGAGGAGUUGCUGCAGCAGGUCGCCCUCUGUGUCCCUGAGCAAGCCCUUCCCCUCUGGAUCAAAGGCAGCUCCAAACCCUUCUUCUUGCGUGUCUGUACACCGCAGCAGGAGAUAGGGGGGGGAAAGCAAGACCUGCGGGCCCCCGGGGGGCCCCUGGAGACUGAUGGCAGAGGGGCAGGGCCCAAGGGGCCCCCCUUUCUGCUGCUUAGCCAAAACACAGAGCUCCACGUGAGGCCGCCCCCACAGGCUGCCUUCCGCAGGGCCGCCUCAUCUGCUGCUGCUGAUGCAGAGGAUGGGGGCCCAGAAGGAGACAGCAGCAGCAGGAGAGACGUUGUGCGAGUGCUGCCCAUGCAGCACGAAGAGACAUACGAGCCGGCAGACGGGCACGGGGAGGCCUGUACUGCAUCUUUUGGUUCCUGCUGCUGCUUCUGCUGCAGCAGCAGCAAUCAAGAGGCCCCAGAAGGCCUGGGUAAGUGGCCCUAUGUGUGUUUGUUGCACCCUGCUCACGUGGAGGCGCUGCAGCAGCAACAGCAGUGGCUGCUGCCAGCCCUCAGAAGCAGAUGUCCCCCACGGGAGACAGAGGAGACAGUCUCUAGUAGGGGCCAGAGGGCAAGGCUGGCGAGACAGUUGGUGCAGUGUGCUGCAGCAGCAGAAGGUUUGGUGGUUGUGUGUGUGCGGGGUGCGCCUGCAAAAAGUCGAUAUCCUGGGAGCAGCAGCAACAGCAGCAACUACAGCAGCAGCUGGCAGGGCGGCUCCGCUUUGCUGCUGGCUGCUGCCGCAGCUGGGGUCCCUCUGGGCUGCAUGCGGCUGCCAGCCUUCGUGCGGUGUCUGUACAGCUGGAGCAUCAGCAGCCGUGUCUCAGUGGAGGCUGUGGCACAGCUUCCUACCCUCCCUGCCUGUCUCCUGCUGACGCCGAUUGUCUCAUCUUCGUUGCUGCUGCCGCACCUAGCGGGGGGCCCGGAGGAGACCGGCAGUAGGGCCCAUACAACAGGCAAGGGGCAUGCUUGUGCUGCCAAGGAGUCUGCUGCUGCUCUUCUUGCUGCGCUGCUGCACACCAAAGACGGCGCCGCCCGGAUCCUCGAGGCCUUCUUCGCUCUCUCAGACACGACGGCUGCAAGCUGCAGAGAUUCUGCAACAACAGCAGCAGCGUCUGCCGCUGCUGCUGCAGCGGAGCAGCCACACGCCGGCGCAGAGGGGAAUCACGAGCAGCAGAAGCUGGAGGCUGCCGUUGCUGCAUUUGGCUGCUUAAUGGGCCGCGUGCUGUGGGAUGGAGCUGUCGUCCACCUCGACCUGAAGCUGAAGACACAGGACAUCCGCAAACUCCUCACACGCAACGGAGCAGAGACAGCCCAGCAGCAGCAGCAACAGCAGCAGCAGCAGCAGCAGGACGGGGUCGUGGAGACAGCUGCUAGGGGCCUUCUUCUCGGUAGCCCCAGUUCGUUCGAGGCCGUUUCCGAGGGGCAUUCGUCUCCUUUAGCGGAGGGAGUUGAGACCGGCAUGCAGGGCCAACCAAGGAGACACCUCACAGAAAGCAACGGAGCCCCUGCAGCCAACGGAGGCCCCCUGGAGUCUUGGCUGGGUGCGGAGCUGCAGGAGCUGGAGGAGGGGCUGGGGGACUUGUACGUAUCUUCAGCUGGCGAGGCUGCAGCAGAUAAAAAGGAAGAAGCAGCGCCUCUCAACUCACCAAGUAGCAACAUACACCCACAAGGCACAGGAGACAGUGAACAGGGCACAGAAACAAAUGGGCCCAUCCCGCCGCAGGGCUCCCCCCGUCUGCAAGGUUCUACUAACCAGCUGCAGGGGCCCCACGAGUGGGCCCAUUUAGCAGAGUUCUGCAGCGAGGUGGAGGAGGUUCCAACCGAAAGUCUCUGGGGGAACCCCUGGUGUACGGGGGAUCAGGAGACAGCCUCGGGAGACGCUGUCUCCUUAGAGGGUGAGGGCAGCGGUGCAGGGACUGCGGGCCAGUGUGAGACAUCGUGUAAGGCCCCGUGGUGGGCAGAGGUGGAAGGAGACAGUGGUGGUGAGGUGCGGUUGUCUGUCGAUGUUCUCAUAUCUUUUAAUGCAACGGAGACAGAUACAGGAGAGAUAUCCUGUGCCGUUUCCGCAGGGACGGGCGAGUCACCUAAGCAGCUGUCUCCUUUGUUUAGUGCUGCAGUGCCCCUUCCGUUUGCCUCCCUGCACAGCAGCCAGACAAACGCCGGGACCCAGACGCAUGCAGGGGACGGGGGGAGUUGUAUGUUUUUAAAUGCUUCGCUGAGGGCUCUAGUGCGGCAGGGAGGCCUCGCAGCGGAGGUCACGAAUCCCCUCGUGGUGUGUCUGGGGCCUGAGGAGGAGACCGCUGCAACAUCCGACGGCCUCUGUCUCCCCCUAAAGUUGGGCAACGAGCCCGUCGCGAGAGAGACACCGGGGACACCGCAAAGCCCCCAACAGCGCAGAGAUAGGCCUCCAAGGGGGCCACAGGCAGAGAGACACAGCGACAACGGACGGUACCGGGGGACGAGGGGACUGCAGCUUGUGCUUAAUCCGCAGUCAAUCGAGGCAGCGCAGUGCCUCUGGUGGCUGGCUCCCCCCUCUGUCUGGUUGUGGGGGCCGUCUGCACUGGCAGUUGGUGGGGACGGCGGUGGGGGCGCCGAGACGCAGCUGCUGCAGCUGCUGCAGCAAGGCUGCUUGGAGAUGCCUUCGGCGGAGGUUCUAGGAAGCGUCUCCAGCAGCACCAGCAACCAAAUUUCUCCUUUUGGUCCCCUGGCGAGGUUGAUGCGGCUCAGUUGCUCCCGAGUGUACAGGCGGCUGGGGACAGUUCGCGAGUGCGGCGGGAGAGAAGCACCGGGACGUCUUGCUACUGUCUCCUCGAGCGACGGAUCUGAAACGGAGAGACACCUCGCCCGGGCCUUGUGCAGCCUCGACAUCUCCACGCUGCUUGUCUGCGGCCCUCGUGGCUGCGGGCGGUCUGCUCUGUGCAGAGCCGUCUGCGUCGAUGUGACGCGGCACUUGGGUGUCUUUACUUUGAUCCUGCACUGCCGACUGCUGGCCAGGGAGGCGAUCCCAUCUUCUCUGAUAUUUCGAAUCCUCGCCGCCGCAUUCGACGCGGUGGAGGCCAACAGCCCCUCUGUGUUGGUGCUUGACGAUCUGGAUGUGUUGUGUUUUUCGGGGGAAGAAGGUGCCGGUGGGCCGACGGUGGCAGAGGCCCGGGGUGCGGCAAUUGCUGCUUAUCUGUGUGAUAUGAUCGAGAGGGUAUCAGGCGGGGCUCACGGAGCCCUGGUCAGGCGUGCGGUGGGGGAGAGUCUGCUCAGUGAACCGUGGAGCUACCCGUCUGCAGGCUCCCCGCCCUCACCUAUCAUUUUAGCCCGGCAUUUCCGGGAUGCUUUGAAGGACUUCCGCCCUCGAGCCACUCAGUGGCAGUCGUUCAUUCAGCCGGAGCUGCGCUACUGCCACGUUGGGGGGUUGCACACAGAGAAGGAGGAGCUGCAGGACUUACUGACUCUGCAGCGGAGGUAUCCCGUGUUGUUGAGGGCCUCGGGAAUUUCAGUGUACCAGGGUCUGGUACUGGUGGGCCCUCCUGGGUGUGGAAAGACGCACCUUGCUCUUGCUGCUGUGGGGGAGGCGGGCAUCCGUUGCAUUCACGUCAAGGGCCCCGAGCUGCUUGGCAAAUUCAUCGGCGCUAGCGAGGCCGCCGUCAGAGAUGUGUUCCAAAGGGCUCAAGCGGCGAAGCCCUGCGCAAUUCUAUUUGAUGAAAUUGAAGCCUUGGCGACGAAGCGUGGAGGCGACACUACAGGAGUAACUGACAGAGUGGUGAAUCAGCUCUUGUGUUACUUGGACGGCAUUGAGGCGCGCCAGGAUGUUUUUGUGAUUGCGACAACGUCUCGCCCUGAUCUUGUUGACUCUGCUCUACUGCGUCCCGGGCGGUCUGUUUUUGCGGACUCCCUGCAACGGACGGCAGCAGUAAAUCAGGCGCAGCUAUACGCCGUUCAGGAGGCCCUUGAAACCUCUGCAAAUCGAGAAGGUUCGAGUGAAGUGGAACGGAUUACAGUCACUACUAAGCACAUUCUGGCAGCCAUUCAAAGUUGCAAGCCUUCUCUGAGCAUGCAGGAACUUCAGCGAUAUCAUCGGUACUGUCUUCCCUAUUUGAACAAGGCAUACCAAGAGCGGGUUCAAGCAAUCGAACACUUAGUUGCCGCUAGCUCGUCCUCCGCGCAGAAGGGCGCAAGUGGUGGCUUUGGAUAUGCUGCCAGCGUGAAUGGUUGCGCAAAUCAACCACGACGCCUUGCGGAGGGGCAGGAGCAUUUUGACCGCCGGCCGCACGCAAGUGUACUAGGUUCGAAGGAAAGAGGAUGCCACGUUCCGCAGACACAACAGGCUGCCGUAGGACUUGGGCGGGCCUCCGACUCUAGCCUGAGUUCCACUUACCUCGAUGCUAACGGCCACAAAACCUGUACCAGCGACCAGGAGAGUGUAGGCGAUGGAAACUUCCAGUGCACUAGCAGUGAGACGACGCACAACUUGGACGGCGAAUUUGUGCCCCCCAAAAAGGGACGGCGGCGUGCAAGAGAUCCGGCAAAGCUUGCCGGUAAUCGUGUGGCCUUGGCGUGA